GAGAAGAAGAUGGCGAAGGUGGCGUUCGAAAGCUCGAGCGAGGACGCGAGCGAUGCGCCGGCGAGCGAUGGAUUGCCGGAAAUCGCGCUCAUCGGAAGGUCGAACGUGGGGAAGUCGUCGCUGUUGAAUUCGAUCACGUUCGGCGCGGGCGCGGCGGCGGUGAGCGCGAAGCCGGGGACGACGGUGAGCAUGAAUCAUUAUUUAGUGGAUAAAAAGUGGCGGUUGGUGGAUUUGCCGGGGUACGGAUACGCGAAGGCGGACGCGGAGGCGAUCGAGCGAUGGGACGCGUUCACGAAGGAUUACUUCGUGCGCAGGGAAAAUCUCGCGGGGGUGCUUUUGUUGGUGGACGCGAGCGUGCCGCCGACGGAGAACGACGAGCGAUACGCGAAUUGGCUCAUCGAACACGAGACGCCGUUCACGAUCGUGUUCACGAAGUGUGAUCGAGACAAACCCGGGAUGCCGAGCGUGGAUGAAAACAAAGCGGCGCUGCGGCGCAAGUUGGACGAGAAGUGGCAUCGCUUGCCGUCGAUGAUUUCCACGAGCAGCGUCACCGCGGAGGGUCGCGACGAGGUGCUCAAAUUCGUGAGCAGUUUAAUCGUCUAC